AUGAAGCACCGGUGCUUUUCCAUUGUCUUUAUUCUCCUCGUUCUUGCUCACGUGACAGUGUUUGACACGAUUGUCUUAGCCAAAGAUGUAAAACUUCCGUCCCUAAAACUAAAAGCCACCCCUUUUUCCAAGGCCAAGCCGCAUUCUCGAUCACCAUGCCUGCCAAAAAUAUUACCUCCCCAAGAUUACCUGUCCACUACCUACUAUCUUACUUCAUGUCCUGACCUGGAAGGCAUCAUCCAGAACAAAAUCAAUGCUUGGAUUCAGAGGGAUUACACCACAGCUGCUAGCAUCAUCCGCUUGCAUUUCCAUGACUGCGCUGUUCGGGGAUGCGACGCUUCAAUUUUACUAAACCAUGCAGGGAGCGAAAGGAGAGCAGAGGUGAGUAAGACACUUAGAGGUUUUGAAGUGAUAGAUGAGAUCAAGGCAGAGGUAGAAAAGAGGUGUCCUAAGACUGUGUCAUGCGCUGACAUCCUCACUGCUGCCGCCAGAGAUGCCAUGGUAAUGGUGGGAGGUCCAUUCUGGGAAGUCCCUUUUGGAAGAAAAGAUGGAACAAUUUCGCAUGGAAGGGAAGCCCACAUGGUUCCCCAGGGCCACGAAAAUGUUACUGCCUUAAUCGAAUUCUUCCAAUCACGGGGCCUUAAUAUACUUGACUUGGUCAUUCUCUCGGGGUCGCACACAAUUGGAAGAAGUACUUGCAAUUCCAUUCGACCAAGGCUAUCUUACUUCAAAAACACUGUCAUGGCUGAACCUCCAAUUGAUGUCAAAUAUUUAAAUUUUUUGAAGAAACAGUGUAGACGGGAUUCCAACUAUGCCAACCUUGACGCUACGACUCCUACAACUUUUGACUCGAUGUACUACACCAAUCUAGAAAAGAAGCGGGGAUUACUAUUGACAGAUCAAUUGCUCCACUCGGAUGCACGCACUGCACCCAUUGUUGCUGCGUUAGCACCUCAACCCCAGCUUUUCAUUAGCCAGUUUGCGGUGUCAAUGGUGAAGCUCGGAAAUGUUCAACUUCUUACUGGUAAAAACCAAGGCGAGAUAAGACGGAAUUGUAAUUAUGUCAAUCCUUGA